UCAGUUCUCUCUUCAGUCUUCACGGUGCUAGAAUCUUUAACAAGAGAGACAUAGACAUCACUGCACCACCACUUCCCCCACAGCUAAACCAGCUGACCAAUUGCAGGCCACGCCUGUCACCUCAACUCAUCCCUCACUGGACCCUCACUGUAUCCUGAUCAUCCAUCGCUCACUUUCUCUCCCCCUCCCUCCCUCCGCCUGGUCACUGGGGCUUCAAAAUCGUGGCUUAUUCACCGUUCUCUUGUUCAUGUCCUUCUUCCUUCAGAGAGUCGUGCACUUUCGCUGUCAGUUGGUCCAUUCUCUUCUCUCAUAGAGUACUACCCUCGGUCCCGGUCCUGUAUCAGAACCAAUCCAGGUAUUCCUUACAGCUGUACCUCAAUGAACCCGCCCACAGUUAUCAGCUCUUCCGUCCGAACCGUGGAAAAUCUUUAGCUAGCGCUGUUUAACACCGGGUAGACCCUAUUAUCAGCUUCACCUUCAGAUGUUUACCACUCCCGCUCCCGCUCCGCCAACGCUCUCCACCUCCACUUCCCCUGUCACCUCAUCUUCACCUCCACGUCUGGGAAGGCUGAGGGGGCUGAGCUAUUUGAGGAACUACACUCAUACCCAUUUAAACCCUCUGGCAAGCAGUCCGACCUCCUCCCUUGCACAACCUCCGGCGAACCGUCCACACCACACCCCUCCGGUGUCCCCGGUAGCAUCUUCAAGCGGUAGUCAUAGGAACGGCGCUGGCAUUUCCCCCCGCAUCCAGCCCUCGCAUCUGUACAAUAACUUUGAAAACGACGCCUACCACGACCGACAACCUUCCCGACGUUCGGUCGCCGCGCGAGCCGCCGACUAUCAAUACUCCGCCGCUGUCAACCUGCUCAGCCAAGGGACCGUCACCAUGACCCGCAAUCGAGCCGAAACGGCCGCCUCCACCUUCGCCUCGCAACAUCACUCCACCACCACCAGUAGCUCCGACACCCGCAACGGGUCAGAGAGCUCCGCGUCCAGCCAUGCUUUGCCUAGCAUUCGAUUCCUCCCGCACCACGAUCCGCGGGCUUCCAAACCGUCCCUCCAGUUCGCCCCGAUCACACGGACGCUAGCGACCCCAACCGCAAUGCUGAAGGUGGGACGAUACUCCGAGCGGGAAAGUGCGCCGGAAAUCCAGCGGAAUGGGACGUCGGCGGCGCCCGUGGGGUUCAAGUCGAAGGUAGUGAGCCGUCGACAUUGCGAGUUCUGGUGCACCAACUCGCAGUGGUAUAUUAAGGACGUGAAAAGCUCGUCGGGCACGUUCCUCAACCAUAUCCGUUUGAGUGCGCCAGGGGUGGAGUCGAAGCCGUACCCGCUCAACGACGGCGAUAUUGUACAGCUGGGGAUCGACUUUCGGGGCGGCGAAGAGAUGAUCUUUCGGUGUGUGAAGAUCCGAAUCGAGUGCAAUCGGGGAUGGCAAAAGGGAUUAAAUGCUUAUAACAAAUCUACUCACAAGAACCUGCGUAAGCUCGCGAGCAAGUCACCACGACACGACACGGAUAAUGCGUCCAACACCAGCUCGGAGUGCGCGAUCUGUCUAGCUGCAAUUGCUCCCUGCCAAUCCCUUUUCGUUGCCCCUUGCUCCCACGUCUGGCACUACAAAUGCAUCCGCCCGAUCCUCAUCAGCUCUACCCAUCCGCAUUUCCUCUGCCCCAACUGCCGCGCCGUCGCGGACUUGGACGCCGAUGUGGACGAGGCCGACAACGUCGACUGGGAAGACGAUGACAUUGACGCGGCGAUCGAGGAGAGCAAGAAAGAAGCAGAGCAGCAGAAGGGAGAUGAUCUACCACAGAGAGAAGCCAGUCCUCAGCUCGCCGUGAGUGUAGGACAAGAAAUCAGGGAAACUCCGACAGAUGCGGGCGAUACCACUCGCGUGCAUGUUGCCCCUGACACCAUAGUCCCUGUCGCAGCUGCCAGGUCCCUUGCCAUCGACCAGAACCCAUCCGCCGAUGCCAAUGGACUGAGCAGCAUGCUCGCUAACGUGUCGCUAUCACCAGGGCCAGCGGUCAUGAACGAUGACCGUUCGCACACGCUCUUAGCUCCCAUCCCCAUCCCAACAUCAACCGUGGCGAGUAGAGCCCUGAGUCUAGGACUUGAUGGGACGGAGGAGUCGGAAGGGGGACCGCCGAAUUUGGGGGCGGGAGAUGCCCAUCCUGAGUGUCCGAUGACCCCAAGGAACGACGUGGGCCCGUUUCUGGUGGAAGGAGGAAGAAGGGUGGGGAGUUCCGGUGUGUCGGUGGAAGCAGACUGACGACGGUCGGCGAUGGGAAACGAUGACACUGUAUACAACGACCGUGAUGUGUGGAGCGAUGGCCCACGAGUUGUAAGGAUGAUCAUGAACCACAAGAGGGUGGGCAAAUCCUUUUUCAUGCUGAAUGAUCGGCGUUCAAGCGUUCAGGGAGCAGAGUUAUCUGUUCCGUUAUCGUGGGGUAUGUGGGUCAGGGUAGGGAAAGGCCCAAUAUUUCGGUGGCGUACGUCCGUCGCAACUACGUCCAAACUUAUACCGGUAGGUAUAGGUAGUUUAGUAAAUGAACGACAUGAUAUCUGACAACGGGGCUCGAAAA